CAUGGAGCCCAACAGAGCGGUCAGUGAGCGGCCCUCUGGAUUACCCAUGAUGCCUCACGACGGAGCGCUGCACACAGAGGGCCCCUUCAGGAUCCUGCCGGUAAUAUGCAAACGUGCUGGACUGGGUAAACACUUCAGUGCAGCUUGCAUUUAUGAGCUGAAUCUGAACAUUACCUGCGUGACUGAUCCACAGCUUCAGUCAUGCAGAAGCGAUGGUUUCUGGGAAGGCGUGCGGUUGCUGCGCUGCUCUUCUGCUUGGUUCUGCUCCUGUAUCGUCAGACCUGCAGGUCUCGAAGCCAAACCCGGUCCAGACGUCCAGCAGGAGAAGAUGCAUUCGAGGCUUUACUGCAGCAGCACGAGCAGCGCUAUCUCCAGCACAGCAGGAACCUCACCAGAAGGAUCUCACAGCUGAAAGCAGAGCUGCAGAGAUCCACGCUGGAGCUCCAGGAGCAGAACCAGUCCGAGCUGGAGGAGUUCCUGCAGAAGCAGCUCCGACGGGCCGAGGUCUUCACCGGAGAACAGCUGCCCAAUGAGUUCGCGGUGCUACCGUUUGAGAGCUUCACCCUGCGCCAGGUCUAUCAGCUGGAGAGCGGCCUGGCCAGACUCCCGGUGGAAAGUGUGAUUGGUCAGGAGCGCAGGAACGAGCUGAACGGAGCUCUAGAAGCAGCGCUGCAUCUGCUGAACCAGCCUCAGCUCCGCAGGGUUUACUCUCCUCAACACUUCUAUGAAGGAAUCUUUCGCACAGAGAGAGACAAAGGAACGUUAUACGAUCUCACGUUCAGAGAAAACAGCGUUCCAGAUUUCAGGAGGAUGGUGUUCUUCCGUCCUUUCGCACCGCUGAUGAAGGUGAAGGAGGAACUGAUGGAUGCAUCUCAGAUCCUCAUCAAUAUAAUCGUACCUCUGGCCGACGCAGUGGAUGCAUUCAGACAAUUCGUGCAACAUUUCAGUGACGCUUGCAUUCGUCAGGAUGGACGGACGCAUCUCACCGUGGUGCUUUUUGGGUCAGAAAAGAUGCAUGAAGUGAAAGGAAUUGUGAAUGGAAUGUCAAGGAGAAUGAAAUACAGGAACGUGACUCUGAUCCGUCUGAACGAAGCCUUCUCCAGAGGACGAGGCCUGGAUGUCGGCGCUCGAGCCUGGAAGCGAAGCAACGUCCUCCUGCUUUUCUGUGAUGUGAACACUCGGUUUAGUGCAGAGUUCCUGAACUCCUGCCGUAUGAACACAGAACCAGGUCAAAGGGUGUUUUAUCCGGUAAUGUUCAGCCUGUAUAAUCCAGAGGUCAUCUAUGGUCAACAUGUUCCUUCUGCUGAAGAUCAGCUGGUGAUCAGAAAAGAUUUUGGCUUCUGGAAGGAUUUUGACUUUGGGACGACGUGCCAGUACCGAUCAGACUUCAUCAACACAGGUGGAUUUGAUGUGUCUGUGAAAGGCGGAGCUACAGAAGAUGUUCAUCUCUACAGGAAGUUCCUCCACAGCAGUCUGAUGGUGGUUCGCGCUCCGUCACGUGGCCUGUUUCACGUGUGGCAUCCGACCGUCUGUCACGCGCAGUCUUCCAGCGAGACGUUUAAACUGUGUUUGCAGGAUAAAGCGCUAAACGAGGCGUCUCACAGUCAGCUGGGACAAAUCCUCUUCCACCAGCAGAUCAACAAUCAUCUACACAAAUACAAGCAACACAAUAUCAACUCAUGAGGAACAGAUAAUCAAAGACAAUAAUGAUGAAAUAUUAAAUUAUAUUGAGAUAUAAAUCACUUAUUGUGUUUGAGCUGAAGGG